GGAUUGUUAUCAGUUAAUCCUAGCACGUGCGGUGUCCGUGUUUUGCGUGCUGCAGUUGUCUCUCUCUCCGCGUGUGUGUCUUGCCGCCACUCGUCGUCCGCGUUGAAUUUUUUUCGCAAAACAAUUUCAGACAUGCAUCCGAGUGUUGGGCGCCCGUCGUCGCAGUGUUAGCCCGCCCGCCGAUUUUCCGUCCCGUCGUACCGCGUGUACCGCGCCGCUUGCCCAACAGUCAAACCCAAAGUCCCAAGUCCGUGCCCGCGAUGACGUUGGCCGAAAACGAACACGGCGGCACCACCCAAGGGGUCAAGGAAGGCGCCAUAGGAUUCGUGGCCGGUUGCGUGGGCGCCGUCGCGUUGGUCUACGUUGGCCAGCCGUUGGACACGGUCAAGGUGCGCAUGCAGCUGGAGCCGCGGGCCUACCGCGGCAUGGUCGACUGCAUGCUGACCGUCAAGAAGCAGGCGGCCGAGUCGGUGCCGCGCUCGCCCAGGCGGGCGUUCGUCCGGGCGCUGUACGUGGGCACCACGCCGGCGCUGGCCGCCAACGUGGCCGAGAACUCCGUGCUGUUCGCCACUUACGGCGCGUGCCAGUCGAUGGUGGCUCGCACGCUGGGCUUGCCCGGGGCCGACCACCUGAGCCCGAUGGCCAACGCGGCGGCCGGUAGCAUAGCGUCGUUUUUCUCGUCGUUCACGCUGUGCCCGACGGAACUGAUCAAGGUGCGCCUCCAGGCGGACACCACGAACGGCAUCAAAGGCCAGGCGAGCGCUCUGCGCGUCAUACGAGAGGUGUUCAGGACCGAAGGGGUCAAAGGCUUCUAUCGCGGGUUCGGUUCGACCGUCGUGCGAGAAAUGCCCGGCUACUAUGUGUUUUUCGGAGCCUACGAAGCCACUCGAAAGCUGUUGUCGCCGUCGACCACCGACGGCGUACGCAAUCAGCACUGCAGCCCGUUCGCCACGAUGACGGCUGGCGCGGCGGCCGGAGCCGCCCUGUGGGUGGUCAUCUAUCCGGUGGACGCGGUCAAGUCGCGAAUCCAAGCUUGCACGACCACCGCCGGAAUCGGCACCUUGGCGACGGCCACGGCCGGCGGCGGGGGCAACGGGAGCGCGGGCAGCACGGCGUUUCUGGGAACCGUCUUGUCGGUGGUGCGACACGAAGGCGUCGGAGCCCUGUACAGCGGUCUCAAGCCCACCAUUGUGCGUACGGUGCCCGCUUCGGCGGUCAUGUUCCUUGCAAUCGAGUAUACAAAAACGCUUUUGAAUCGUUUAUUCUAAUCGUCGGUAAUAGGAUGUGUACCAAACUAGUUCAACACACAAAUCUAGACACAGUCUUCCAUUAUUACUUUUAAGACUUAAGCAUAGUUUUUGUUAUCUUAUUUUAUUAUACUAUAUAUAUUAUAUAUAUGUAUGUAUAUUUAUAUGUUACGUUUAAAAGCUAAUUUGUUAAAAUAUUUUUUUUUUUUUUCUUAGUAGUACACUUGUUUUUUUUUAUGUUACCACUUUAGUUGUAUCGCGAACACUUACGGGUGUUGCGUUUCGAAUACGAUUUCGACUAUAAUUUAUUUUGUUUGUGCAUGUGACAAUAAUUACGUCGAUGUUAAAAAAUUACAGACUUGUGUAGGAAAACAA